UUCUUGGAAUUCCUUCCCUUCCACAUUCAAUCACCCUUAAAUCUCUUAAAUCCUUUCAUCAACCCUUUAAAUCUCGCUUCCUGCUUACUCCUCUUCUCACAUCCAUUUCCUUCUUUCUCUCACUCUGUUUCCAAAAAAACUAAAAGAAAAAAAGCAAAAACAUGUGUUGUUUUCUCACUCUCUUGGUCGGCGCAAUUCCGCCACCUUUUCUGCUUUAAUCUCCACAGAGAUUUCUGCUUUGCUUUCUUUGCAGUUUAUUUUGGAGUAUUCUUUGCAUUCUUUGCUUGAUGGGUUUCUGGGAAAAUGAAACAGUCAUUAAUGCUUUCCUCAUGCAAACACUGUUUCUAUUCAUUUCCCAUUUGAGAAUGAGAGGUGCUUGUUUGUUUUAAGCUGCUGUUUAUUGUAGAAUUGAAUCAAGAAUAUGGGAUCAGAUAUUUGUUUCUUGAGUUCUUGAAUUUUGGGGCUCUUGUAUUUUUUAGUUUUCUGUUUUUAGCAGUGACAAGAGUAGAAGCAGUAGUGAGAAGAAAAGGAAAAUGAUAGGGUCAGGGAUAAAUUUGGUGAUGACAGUGAUAGGAUUUGCUGUGAGUACUAUGUUUAUAGUUUUCGUCUGCACUCGUCUCGUUUGUGCUCGGAUUCAGCUAAAUACAGCAAGACGCUCAUUUCCUAUCUCUUCCAGAUCUGAUCUUAGCAUUCUGGAACGAGGGUUACAUGGCCUUGAACCUGUAGUUGUAGCCAACUUCCCGACAAAGAAGUACAGUGAUGAACUUUUCUUGACUUCAGAAGAUGCUCAAUGUGCAGUUUGCCUUGCAGAGUACCAUCGUGAAGAUAUCUUGCGAAUUCUUCCCUACUGUGGGCACUCCUUCCAUAUGACCUGCAUAGACAUAUGGUUGCAACAGCACUCAACUUGUCCUGUUUGUCGAAUAUCAUUGCGUGAAAUUCCUGAGAAAAAGCGCAUGAUGCAACCCUUGUUCAGCUCAGCUAUCCGCAAUCCAUAUGGCCCCGAGUCCUUUGAUACCCAUGCUUUCAACUGCCUGUUUGCUGGGCAUGGGCUUUCAUCAAUAACUCAUGACAAUCGGGUGAUAGACCCCAUUCAAGAGAGUCACUGUGCAUCUGAAGGUCCUGAAGCGGCUGCUGGGGAAAAUUUAUUUCCCACAACCGAGGGUAAUCAGAAUGCAAAAGACUCCAGAAACAAGCAUGUGGAAAGCCCAUCCAGUAUCUAAAUCCUAGAGUUGAAAGCUAAGCUGCAUUCAUUGACACAACCAGUUUCGCAGAGUUCAUAUACUCAUGUAAGAGUGCCGAAGGUUGGUUUCAUUCCCCUGGAAUACUGCAGAACGUCCAUUUCUUAUCUCUGUUUCCUACUGUAAAUAUUAUGCAAGCGAUUUAAUUUGUAGUCUUCGCCUUAAAACAUUGGAUGGUUUAUGGGCAGUUUUGUUAGUUUCUGUUGUAAAACUCGAAUCAGCUUUAAAAUGGUUGAAUGAGUUAGCAGUUAUAUC